AUGCGCAUGCGCGCUCUGGACACUCCGCCCCCUACCUCCCCGCGGCUCAGCUGUACCGCCCCCUGUUCCCCGCUUUUUCUUACUCCUCCCCACUUUCUGCAGCGUGAAAUAGGUCUCGUCCAGAGACCACGUUUUGGACGCGCCCUCCGUGUUCGAGUUUUGCGGCGUGCCAAGGCUGUGCGCCUGCGCAGUUCCAUCUUUCGCGCCUUUGUUUACGCUUCCAAUUCGGAGGCCACAUUUAGCCUCCUCUCGGCGCCUCCUGCGCGGCGCCAUCUUGUCUUCGCCCGGCAGACCUCGCCUUGUUCGAAGUUGAGAGAGAAGGAGCAGGAGUCUGCGAAAGGGCGUUGGGUGGGGGCGGCGUGGCUCCCCGUCUCCUGUGCUCUCGGCGUCUCCAGAAGGAACGGCACCGGCGGGAGGACGGUCGGCGCCGAAGCUGCGCACAGGGCCCGUGUCUGUCUCUCCCCCGGUUCGCCCGGGCCUCCGAGGCUGGGUGCUUGGGCAGCUGCCGGGCCGGGACCGCGAAGCAGAAGAGGAGGCGGCGGGGAAGGCGAUCCCAGGCCCUGCGAGGCUCGGCACAUGCCCGAGGGCUCUCUCCCACCCCGUCGGCCCCGCCGGCCCCGCCGCGUGCUGGGCGUGAACAGCAGCGGGGCCGGCGGGCCCAGCGGCCCCUCUUGGGAAAGGGGCCCUCGGACCGCCGGGUGGGAACGAUGCCCUCCGCCCCCCAGCGCUGGGACCCCAGCUCUCAGCCCUCCUGGUGGAGGUGGGCCUGGCCGUCACACCCUGGCGGCCGGGCGCCGCCGCAGCCACCACGCUGUCGAGCGGCCGUUCUUGGCCGUACUCAGCAGGGUCACACGGGACGUCGGGGACGCGGUGGUGGGGCUGCUGGGGAGAUGCGCCGCGAGCAGGCCGCCCCCAGCGGGGUGGAUGUUGGACCUUCUACUAGGCUACGAGACCGGAACGGUCGCGUCCUGACCCCCAGCCAUUGCUCCUUGACCCUCAGUCGUGGUGCAGGCUGUGGCUGUACGGGAGGCCCUUUCUAGAUUCUGGACACUGGCUGUCCCGGGGUGCCACCCACUCCCACCAGGGAGACCGCCACUGGGAGGACUUCAGGGUCGGCUUGGUGGGUGGCUCAGGCUGGAGGCAUGUUGUUCCUAGGAGCACAGAGGAGAAUUGCACGUGCAGGGCAGGGUACCUGCUGCUGCCAGGGCUGAUGAAACCCUUUGCAGGUGAGAGAGGAGCAGGGGCAAGGCAGAGCAUUCCGUUGCUAAGGGGCCUUGGGAAAGGAAAUGGCACAGCUGUCUGGCUCCCUGAGACUCAGCCGCGGAAGGCGCAGAAAGGCACGGGACAAGAAACUCACGGCUUUUCAUCCCAGCCAGAAGGACGGGGGAAAGCGAGGACAGAGGAAACGGAGGAUGCGUCCUGAGGACCGGUGGUGAGCAGGGCGCGGACGCACGCGCUGCCGGUAGCCAGGUGGAGAGAACUCACCAUCGCGGACACGGUGAAGUCUCGGGCGUGCAUCUUCUCGGUGAGCCAGUCGACCUUCCUUCGGGUGUUGAUGAAGAUGACUGCCUGCGUGAUGGUCAGGGUCUCGUACAAGUCGCACAGUGUGUCCAGCUUCCACUCCUGGAGGGGGGCGGGGUGGGGGUGGGGAGAUCAGUCAGGGGCUGUACCAGCGACGCACCACCAGGCCCGCCCCCUGCCCCGGGGCCCCACCUCUCGUUCCACAUUGAUGUAGAACUGGCGAAUACCCUCCAGGGUCAACUCCUCCUUCUUGACCAGAAUUCGAAUGGGGUCCCUCAUGAACUUCUUGGUCACCUCGAGCACAUCGGAAGGCAUCGUAGCAGACAGCAAGACCACCUAAGGGAAGAGAGAAGCCUCGGGGUAGGGGCUCCUCCACGAUGCCUGCCCCCUCAAACAGAAGCCGGCGUGUAAAGAGGCCCGAAGCGAGA